AAUGGAUUUGCUGCUUUAUUUGUCAUUGUUUGGUUGUAUGACAAAGCAUCCAGUUAAACAAGUUACUGCGAGCUGAACUUGUGACAACCAUUUAAACAUUUCAGACCUAUUAUGAAUUCAACGUUUAAUCAAAACAAAUAUCGGAAAAUGAAUUACUUAAAUAUAUAAUAUUUGUCAUAGCCCUCGACAAAUAUUGUUCUAUGCAGUCAGAGACAAAAGAUUACACACAGCGUGACACCUAUAUUUUGUCUAUUGUGCCUCCAUAUUGCUGUUGAAAGCUUUUCCACAACAAACUUAAGUACACAAAGCUUCAGCCGUGCUUCUCUGUGAGGACGUAAAAAGAGGUGAUGGCUGUUGUACCUUGCAGUACUUAGUCAGGCAAGCAGGUCGGGCUCUUACAAUAUAGCACGUGGUUUACGGAUCAAAAGUGGUGUAAUCUGAUAAGACUGCAGUGACGUUCUGUCCUGCACAGACGGGUCGUGAUGUAGAUCACAAGAAAGCAGCUGAAACACUGAGUCCACAAGUGACCUGCAUGUGAGAUACAACGUGUGUACAGAUAGUUUAAAAAAAAAAGAAAAGAUGGUGAUGGUUGCCGAAGUACCCCGUCGCCAUGCUUUUCUGUGGGAAGGCAGCUGAGAUGAAGGAGGAGGAGGAGGAGGAGGAUUAACUGUAAUAUGACACCUACUUUCAGUUUGCCUUCCCUGCUGUUUACCAGACAAACCCACCAAGGAGUGAAAGGUCGCAUUCUUCGCCCUGCGCUUCUCCAAUUGGUCAAUUCUUCUUUAAGCUGAGCUGGCUUCCUACUUCCUGUUUGCUGGUUCGGUCUGCCAGGCUUUUGUUUAGCUCUCGUGUUUGAAUGCUAACAGGUUUUCCUCGGCUAACGCGCUCCUCCUAAGUGGACAUCUGUGGCUCAACAGGAUAUUGUGAAACAUGAUCUCAUGCAAAGGCAUCACCCAGAUCGCCGCAGCAACGGUUUAACGCGUUCUCUGAAGUGAAAAAGCCGACACGCACCUUCCCGCCGCAGUCAAGCACUUCCAAAGAGAUGGCUCACUCUUCCCGUGGAGCCGGCGCUCCCCCCGCUUUCCCGCGGCGCGGUCGAGGCGCCGCGUGUUCGCUGGCCUCCAAGAGCUCCCGUGGCGUUUCCUCUCAGAGCCGCGGCGGCGAAACGGAGAUGCUGGAGCGGCUGCUGAACAAGCCCAGGCUGGUGGUGUUGGAGGAGCCCAAGGAGAGAGGCAUGAGGUUUCGCUAUGAAUGUGAGGGACGCUCGGCCGGCAGCAUUCUGGGGGCGUCCAGCUCUGAAACCAACAAGAGUCAGCCCACGAUAGAGAUUCAAGGUCCCAUUGACCACUUAAAGAAGGUUACAGUCACUGUUUCCUUGGUAACCAAAGACCCCCCACAUCGGCCUCACCCCCACUGCCUGGUGGGUAAAGACUGCGUAAACGGUUCAGGAAUAUGCGUAGUCACUCUCAAUCCUCACAGCAGCCGACGUCAUAGCUUUGUCAACCUUGGUAUCCAGUGUGUGAGGAGGAAAGAGCUGGAUGCUUCACUUGAGAAGAGAAGAAACCUAAAUAUCGACCCCUUUCAAACUGGUCACUCAAAGGGCAUCGAAGACAUGGACAUGAACGCCGUGCGACUGUGUUUUCAGUGUGAGUUUGACUGGGAAGACGGCAGAAAAGACUGUCUCAGCCCAGUGGUGUCCAACCCCAUCUAUGACAAGAAGGCCACGACCACAUCACAGCUGAAGAUCGGCCGUUUUAACCAGUACCGAGGUUCCUGCACCGGCAAGACCGAGAUCUACAUGUUGUGUGACAAAGUGCAGAAAGAUGACAUAGAGAUCAUCUUCAGGCGAGGGUCAUGGAAGGCGAGCGGGGAGUUUGCCCAGACAGAUGUGCACCGGCAAAUCGCCAUUGUGUUUAAGACUCCACCCUAUCAGGACCAGGACAUCACGGAGGAGGUUGAAGUCAGCGUGGUGCUGCGUCGCCUCUCGGACCAGAUGGAGAGCGAGUCCGUUACCUUCACGUACCUGCCACACAAUCCAGAUCCAUACGAGGUGAACCGGAAGAGAAAGAUAAAGUCGGACAUCAGCUUCAGUGAGAAACCGUGUGUGACAGCAGAGAGCGCACCUGCAGCAGAGCUGCCCUUCCACCUUCAUCCAGCCAUGAUGUCUCCUAACGAGAGGCUCUGUGCCGCCCAGCCCGGGGCCUCCGCUUUGGGGGAAAUGGGUUACAGCGAGCCCCAGGACUCAAACAAUGACAGCGAUGCAACGGCCAUCCUGAAUCAGCUGCUGGAAAUGCCCGCAUUAUGGGACAUGAUCUCCAACCCCGGCCUGACCUCGACCAUGCCCCCCAGCUUCGAGCAGGGGCCCGAGGCCAACGCCGUGUUCGCCAACAUGGAUGGGAACUUCAACCAGAACUUUGGCACCUACACACAGGACUUUUCCCAUUACAACGACUUGCAGUUCAACAUGCUCGUCAACGAGAUCCAGAAUCCGCAGCCAGAGGGCCGGGACAGCCCCUCCGGAGCCCUGCAGGUGAAGACCGAAGACGAGCCGUGAGCCCCGGGAAGCUAAUCGUGUAAAAAAGUCAGUGACAAAAAACGCUUACUGCUUUCUGGGAGCGAGUUCGAUGUCCCCUUGGAUUUAGACACAAACGAGGUCAUUUUGUCUUGUGUCAAAUUACGGCUGAUUUCUCUGUGAAAUGUGUUUGCCCUCCUGCUGAAUCCGUGUUUGUCUGCAAACCUUGCGGGUCAAGGCUUUAGUUCAGCUCCAGCAGAGCAGGAGCAGGUUCACAUUCCUGCACGUGUGCUGCCAGUGACAUUUAAAUAGCCCCCCCCCCCCCAUUCAUUGCACUGUAUUGUAGUAAAUCAUUGGUAAAGUAAGACUUAAAUGUGCUGAUGAGAUUAAAACACAGUUCACAGGGUUGUUUUGGGGAAACAACGUCAUUUCCUCAGAGUGGUAUUUUAACACAAAAAGUCUACAGUGGUUUCAGACCUGCCCUCCAUGUUCAUACUUAAUCACUGUGUCAUUGCGGCAGUCGCACCAGCUGGCUUGCUUUAGUAAUUAAUCUGCUUGAAUGCAAUAGGAACCAGUCCUCUUAAAUUUCCUGUUUCUGCCUUUUUUUGUGCGGUUCCACUCACGUGCUGAACGUUCCAAUUUCCGCUCGUCACAAGUCCAACCCGUGUCAGUGAUUCAGAAAAAAUAAUAAAAUGUCAAUCUGU